GAUGCUGUCCCAUCACCAGAUCCCACCCAUCGGGGCCGCCGCGCUCCGCUCCUCUGGCGCCCGCACCAUGACUCCCGCAUCCCGCCCCGCAGUCUGAGCCGCUCCAGUCCUAGGACCCGCGGUGUCUGUCGCGCGCAUCCAGCUCACCUGCACGAGCAUCCAGAGCACCCGCUAGACGUGAACGGCGACCGAGGCGAACUCCACCACCGCGCCGCGCCGCGGAGCUGCGCUUUUCGUCGCAGAGAGAGAGGCGUCCCGCCGCACAGCGCCACGCACGGUCCCCACCGCGCCGCGCCGCAACAUGUCAUCCACGGGCAAGGACUCGAACAGCGGGCAUUACGCCAACUAUGUGGGACCGUACCGCCUGGAGAAAACGCUGGGCAAAGGACAGACAGGUCUGGUGAAGGUCGGCAUCCACUGCGUCACGUGUCAGAAAGUGGCCAUAAAGAUCGUGAACAGAGAGAAGCUCAGCGAGUCCGUUCUCAUGAAGGUGGAGCGGGAAAUAGCCAUCCUCAAACUCAUAGAGCAUCCGCACGUUUUAAAGCUGCAUGACGUCUACGAAAACAAGAAAUACCUGUACUUAGUGCUGGAACACGUUUCAGGUGGCGAGCUUUUCGAUUACCUGGUGAAGAAGGGUCGCUUAACCCCAAAAGAAGCCAGGAAGUUCUUCAGACAGAUCAUCUCAGCUCUGGACUUCUGCCACAGCCACUCCAUAUGCCACAGAGACCUGAAGCCGGAGAACUUGUUGCUAGACGAGAAGAACAACAUCAGGAUAGCAGACUUCGGCAUGGCGUCUCUGCAGGUCGGGGACAGUCUGCUGGAAACCAGCUGCGGAUCUCCACACUACGCCUGUCCAGAGGUGAUCCGGGGGGAGAAGUACGACGGCAGAAAAGCAGACGCUUGGAGCUGCGGAGUCAUCCUGUUUGCACUUUUAGUGGGCGCGCUGCCUUUUGAUGAUGACAACCUGAGGAACCUUCUGGAGAAGGUGAAGCUGGGGGUGUUCCACAUGCCGCACUUCAUCCCUCCAGACUGUCAGAACCUCCUGCGCGGCAUGAUCGAGGUGGACGCCAGCAAGCGGCUGACGCUGGAGCAGAUCCAGAAGCACUCGUGGUACCUAGGAGGAAAGAACGAGCCGGAGCCCGAGCAGCCCGCCCCCAGGAAGGUGGCCAUCAGGAUGCUGGCUGCGGCCGAGGAGAUCGACCCGGACGUCCUGGAGAGCAUGCACUCUCUGGGCUGCUUCAGGGACAAGGACAAACUGUCCAAAGACCUGCUGUCUGAGGACCACAACCAGGAGAAAAUGAUCUACUUCCUGCUACUGGACCGGAAGGAGAGAUACCCGAGCCACGAGGACCAGAACCUGCCGCCCCGCAACGAGAUCGAUCCGCCCAGGAAGCGCGUGGACUCCCCCAUGCUGAGCCGGCACGGCAAACGCAGACCGGAGAGGAAGUCCAUGGAGGUGCUGACCGUCACGGAGGGGGGGUCUCCCGUCCCGGUGCGCAGAGCCCUGGACAUGGCGACCCACGGUCAGAGCAAAUCUGUUUUCAGUAAAAGCUUGGAUAUCACAAACGCUAACUGCAGCAAGGAGGAAAGGUCCAGGUCGAUCAGCGGCGCCUCCACCGGCCUGUCCACCAGCCCUCUCAGCAGUCCCAGGGUGACCCCCCACCCUUCCCCAAGAGGGAGCCCUCUCCCUACCCCAAAAGGCACGCCCGUGCACACACCCAAGGACAGCCCAGCUGGCACCCCCAGCCCGACCCCGCCGCCCAGCCCGUCCAUCGGGGGCCUGCCCUGGAGGACGCGCCUCAACUCCAUCAAGAACAGCUUCCUGGGCUCGCCGCGCUUCCACCGCAGAAAAAUGCAAGUUCCCACCCAGGAGGACAUGUCCAGCCUCACCCCCGACUCCUCUCCAGAGCUGGCUAAGAAGUCCUGGUUUGGGAACUUCAUCAACCUGGAGAAAGAGGAGCAGAUCUUCAUCGUGAUCAGAGACAAACCUCUGAGCUCCAUAAAGGCCGACAUCGUCCACGCCUUCCUCUCCAUUCCCAGCCUGAGCCACAGCGUCAUCUCUCAGACCAGUUUCCGGGCAGAGUACAAGUCGACCGCCGGACCCACGGUUUUCCAGAAGCCCGUCAAGUUUCAGGUGGACAUCACCUACACAGAGAGCACCAGCACCACCAAGGACAACGGCAUCUACUCAGUCACCUUCACCCUGCUGUCAGGUCCCAGCCGGCGUUUCAAACGUGUGGUCGAGACCAUCCAGGCCCAGUUGCUCAGCACCAACGACCAGCCCGGCAUCCAGCCGCAGAUAUCUGAUGGCUCUCAGCGCUCACCUUCUUUGCCCAGUAAAUCAUCAAAGCGUGGCAGCCCGUUGAGUAACUUCUUUGACGUAAUUAAACAGCUUUUUUCAGACGAGAAGAACAUCCAAGCGUCGCACUCCCCUGGCGCCCCCUCCACGCCUAGCCCCCCCGCCAAGCAUGCCCCCAGCAACAAGCCCAACCAGCCUCCUCCCAAUGAAUCUAAAUGCCCCUCCAGCAAAGAAAAAUCAAAGAUGGCUGCCGGCAACAGGACGCAGGAGCAUCCUUAAGGAGCGGUAGCCGUGCAUGAGAAAGCGAGACGCAGUAAUCGGGUCUGAGGUCGCUUUAGCUCGCGGAGGCUUGAAAUCAGACCCAUGUUCUGCGUUUUCUGCUGAAUGAUGGGAGUGUCACUUUUACCGCCGUGUUUCCGAUCAGUAGCAGGUGUAGCUUCGCCGUCCCUGCCGUGUGUCCCUCUCUGCGUCUCGGGGGUCUCUCGGCGGGUGUCUGUCCUCCUCACAUGUGUGAUGGCUUGACCUGUCUCUGCCACCAGGGAUCAUCCAUAAUAGCUAUUAACCCCGGCGGCUCCUCCACCACCGUGACCACCAGAGUCCGCAACCUCGGAAAAAGUCAGGGGCUCCCAGGCUCCAAGAGCCCCGCAUCAAUAGGCUGAUUUGCCCCCCACCCCCACCACAGCAAACAUGAUGGAAGAAAUGUAAAAAAAAAAAAAAAAAAAAAAAGGAGAAAAAAAAUCAAGCCUUAAGACAGUGAUGUUUGUCAGCCCUGCCCACCCCCACUCAUUCUUCACUCCCCUCCCCCCCAUGGACUGAUUGAAUCCAGUCCUGCUCCUCAGGAUGAUCGAAGCUCCUUUUUGGGGUUUGGUGACUCCAAGCAGGACCUGGAUGAGGCGGCGAUGGAGGACAGACACGGACGGAGAGAGGAGCGCCGGCUGGAUUGUAUCUGGAGUUUCUCUGUGCUGGGGGGUUGCCUGUGCACGGGGCCUCCAGCAGAGCUCACCGAAUGAUGAAUUCCCCUGUACAGACUAAGGAGCGCUCCAUUUGUACAUACGGUGUUGUUGUGACCUUUUGCUUUCAGGGUCAGCCUUGUUUUGUGUCAUCCGUUCAGGCUCGCUCACACCAGCAUUUAAACAUGGCUUUAGUCAGCCGCGCUGAACCAACCCACGGACGAAUGCCGGGCGGGGGUGUCGGUUGGAAGAUGUGGAUGGAAAUAUGUCAAUCCCAUAAAAAAAAUGUAGGCCCACUUGUUUUGUGCCCAAUGUUUACCAACAGGUGUCCCCUUGAUUGGUCAAGUCCACAGAAGCUCCGCCCAUGUGUCAAAAUCCACAUAAGAAAAUAUUAGAUGCGUCAGAAAAUAGUCUGUAAACCAUAGAUUUAGUGCAGCAUCAAACCCUCUCCUCAGGGCAACAAGCGGAGGUUUUUACAGACUUUCACAGGAUCUUUUUUCAUAAAUUAUCUGCUCUAUUUUCCUUUUCAGAAACGUUUCAUGAAGCAGUUUGGUCAUUUUUCUUUCCUCUUUUUGCGUGAGGAUAGAACCACGGCUAACUGCGGAAUAAGAGAUCCUGAAUAGAAUCCUGAUCGUAUUUAUUUAAAACAGAAAAACCGUCCCUCAUUGCGAGUUAUUUGUGUUCAUAAAGGAAGGAGGAGUUUGAGUCUGUAGAGUCGCCCCCUGCUGGAUCCUAGAUGUUGGUUACGGCACUUCAAAUCCUUUUCUUGACCCUUCUGGGGCCGUGUAGGUCUGAUUGUUAGUAGCCGCAUGUGUCGUUGAAUUUUUCUCAUUUUCUGGUGUGACCAGGCCUGUCGGAAAAGGAUACGCUCUUUUUCUUGGACUCCCUUUGUCAUCAUUUUUUUUGUUUUUUAUGUUUGGCAUCAUUUUAUGGUUCAGGUUCCUUUGGAGUAUCUGCAGGUUUCAGACGAACAGCCAUGUCUAUUUUUGUAUUUGAUUGAAACGUUUUCAUUAUUUAUCAGUUAUUUAUGAGAGGGAUGUAGAGAAUGUUCUUAUUUAAUGGUGUUUCUGAUGUGUUUAAGUUAUUCUUGGAAAUCCUCUGAGCGUUUGAUCCGUUCGCCUCCUUUCUGAGGGAAAUUGUGUAAUAUAUGUUUGGAAAAAGGAUUUGCUGUAAUUUAUGAAUGUAGACUUAGACUCUUUGAGAGAAACAAACCUAUUCUUGGUAACCCCCUCCCCACACCACCACCACCACCCAUGUGUUACGAUGACUCAGCAUUCAUUCUGUAUAUAAGCCGAUUUACUGAGACGCUCAUUUGAGGGCCGACUUUGAGCUGGUUUGCAUGUUCAGCAUUUGUCUUUUCUUUGCAUGUCGUUGCUGGAAUUGUUCUCCCCCGUUUCCCCUUUUCUUCUCCCCACUUUCAUGUUUUUUGUCAGUUUUUUUUCAAGGACUUGAAUUUGCCUUCAGAUAUUUUUCUAAAUUUGAGCCCCCCCCCCUCCCUCUUUUCUUUUGGUUACCGUGCAUCCAUGCAUCCUCACUCGUUCUCUCAAAGAGGGGCCUCGCUGGCGAUCGGGGCGCUCCCUCAGGCUGAGCAGGAGGCUCAUCAGAGAGAAAAACUAAAGCAAUACCUUCCAUUGUUCGCUUUGCUCUUUUUCUACUGUGGGAAUCCAGAGCACACUGAACGGACUCGGAGCGCCGCCGCUGAGCAGGAAAACCACUGCAACGUAUUCCCCUGUGAUGUUACUGUGAACAACUUCAGUGCUAAAGGAAUAAACCUGUUGACUUUGGA